GAUCCAUUACAAUUAAAAAAAAAAAAAGAAAAAAGAAAAAAACCAAACAAAAUCAUCGAAGCAACCCCAGAUGGCGACAUCGGUGGGGAAGCGUGCAACCGGCGAAGCUGAUUUCAUCGAUCCAGAAGUGAAAGACAAGAAACUGAAGAAAGGUGACGACAGUUCUUCUACUUCAGAACGAACAAAGUCCGAGUUGGAGAAGUUCGAGGCCGAAUUAGAGAAGUUUUACCGAGAGAAGAAAGAGAGCCAUGGCUUCGAUGUGUAUGCCAAUCCUAAUGCUUUUGAUAUGGAUUAUAUCGUUAAUUUUUUUGCUUUCAAUGACCUGGACCAAGUGGCUCCUCAGCAGCUCAAGGAAUGUAAUGGACUUGCAACUGAGGCUGUCAAGUAUCAUAAUCUUAACAAAAAACCUGAGAAUGCAGAUUUGGAAUUUGUUAAACUCGUUAAGUUUUGCCAUGAGGAUGUUUCAGUUCGCUAUGAAAAAUAUUACCUUACACUUGAUGCCAAGGAUGUCCAUGAUGACUCUAUUCAUACUUGUCAAGCUAAAGUUUUGUGUGACUUAGCAAAUAAAAACACCCCAUUUGGAUUUACACCCGAAGUGCUGAUGUUUAAGAAGAAGUAUGACAUGGAUUUUAUUGGCGAAGAUCCCAGGCUCCCGAAAGAAUAUGUCUGUGACUGUGAAUUAUGCAGGUCAUGUGACUGUUGACUUUGAGCAUUACAUUGAUAUUUUGUUAUGGUCUUGAGGGCAAGUGUUCUACAUUGUAGGCCUUUCUUGGGCAUAUGAGCCAGGUGUGGAGUCUCACCAAAAACUUUUUGAAAGGGUUCGGCAUAACUUUUUGAAGUAUGCAUCCUUUGUAAUUAAUCUGGAUAUAUUUAAUGCCAACUGCUGGGUAUUUAAUAAUUAUUAUUAUAUAAUAUUGAGUGAGAUGUUGGGAACUUAUUGUUGGACGAGUUAUUAUCAUGUUCAUAUUCUGGCUUAACAUGCCUUUGAGCCCAAAUGAUCUGAUGUUUCACUUGUUUCCCUUACAAAAUUAGCAUAUUGCCCUUGAGAUUUUCU